AUGCGCAUUAAGCACUUCGUCAUGGCUGAAACAGGGUGGCCAGAGUGUGCAAACACUUUGAAAGGUGUCAUUUUAGAUUUAUGCGGAGUCCUGUAUGACAGUGGGGAGGGCGACGGGGUUGCCAUUCCAGGAUCGAUCGAGGCUGUGAAAAAGCUCAAGGAAUCUGACCUGAAGCUGCGGUUCUGCACUAAUGAGACACAGGCAGCCAGAGAGAAGUUUGUGGCUAAACUUCAAAGACUGGGCUUUGACAUUUCUGUGAACGAAGUCUUUCCUCCUGCUCCUGCAGCCGUAGGCGUCCUCAGAGAGAGGGGCCUACGGCCUCACCUGCUGGUGCACGACGGACUUCUCUCGGAGUUCGACGCCGUGGACAAAACCAACCCAAACUGUGUGAUUAUCGGAGAUGCCGCCGAAAAGUUUUCCUACCAGAACUUAAAUGAAGCAUUUAGGGUCCUCAUAAGCCAGGAGAAGCCAGUGUUGCUCUCAUUGGGGCAAGGGAGAUACUACAAGGAAACAGAUGGUUUGAAGUUAGAUGUCGGUGUCUACAUGAAAGCUCUGGAGUACGCUUGCGAUGUAAAGGCUGAAGUUAUUGGAAAGCCAUCCCCUACGUUCUUCCAGAGUGUUCUCAACGACAUGGGAGUUCAACCACAUGAGGCACUGAUGAUCGGAGAUGACCUUGUAAAUGACGUUGGAGGGGCCCAACAUUGUGGAAUGAAAGGUGUGCAAGUCAGGACUGGCAAAUACAGGUUAGCAAUUCAGCGAAUCCACAACACAAACUCCUCAAACUCCAUAUUAGGACAAAUAUGGGUCAAAUUCAUCAUGAACCAUUAA